AUGCAAGCUCACAUAGACUGUUUUAAUCAGGUACAUCCUGGACUGAAUGAGAUGGUACCAGAAACAAACCAUGUUCCUCACAGGUUAUCCAGUUCUGCAGGGUAUUUUUUAAACUUUGACGAAAUCGAUAUUCACAAGUAUAUUAAACACCACCUCGGUAACUUUGCGACAUACCCUCUAUUCGCUACCAAAGCAUCGAGUGCAGAAAGUAACGAUAUCAAUUGCAACUUAUCCAGUAUGAUCAGAGAUAGUAAAAUUAUAGUGAAGCAUCCGUUGCACAGAGGUAAAUCUGAGGAAGAAAUUCCUUCAGGAUUUCAACGUGAGAACAGAUUACCUCCGGGCGAGUUGUCUUUCUCAAUCCGUGUGAUCAGUAGGAAUAUAUUACUUACUCUUACACAAAUUUACUUCCUGUGA